UCUAGAAGCGACACAACCGCAAAACAAGGCUCAACAUUUAUUAUACCAUCCUAACUUGAUCAAAUACAAAUCGAAAUCUUACACUUGAUGCUCAAUCGCCUAGUCGACGUUCAGCUGCUCUAAACGCGGAUUGGGACUAUCAGCGACUCCUGGUGCCUGACGGCCUAGUUGCCUGUCAACCUCCGACUGCGACGUCCAGACUGGACGCAUAAUUCAUGGGUACUAUUGAUAUGCUAUUGUCAGAAACAAGAGCCUAAUAAAUUUAUCAAUGAAUCCAUCAAGUCGGACCGAUUAGAAGUACGUUAUUAUGGCCGAUGGUUUCCUGGAGCUUAUUGCUCCAAUUCUUGAAGAAUCGGGAGACGAAAGGAGCGAUGAUCUGUCAAGAGAAUACUUAAGCCAUUUGACAUCCCUUUCGAUAUCGGAUCUUCUAACGGACGAGCCGGAGUCGCUUUUGCAUUCAGGCCAAACCAUCCUCCGCUCAUUGCAAGCUCUUUCACGGCGGACGUACAAGUCAAGUGUACGGUCUGUCGAACACCUUGACCGCUUUAAGAGUUCGCUCCCGACCGUCAAGAACAGCGCGUCUGCGGUUCAAGAUGCCCUACCCUCCCUCGAGAGCGCAUCCUCUCAAUUUUCAAGCAAAUACGCACGGUCACCCGAGAAUCCUGUACUUCUCAGAAGACAGGAAGCUUUAAAUUUAUACGAAAACGCGUCGCGGAUCUCGGAUAUCCUCGAUCUCCCUGCGCUGCUUUCUUCUAUCAUCUCGUCAUCCUCUGCAAAUGCAUCCUUUCAACCCUCCCAGCGUACACCUGGCGGCGCUACGCAAACGACACCCUCCAUCACGAGUGCCAAUAUAUCAUACGCCUCGGCCCUAGACCUCCAUCAUCACAUCAAGCGUCUUUCUACGUUAUUUCCCGAGUCUAGCUUAAUAGGAUCCAUGACCCUCGAUGCAGACCAUGGAAUGAACAUGAUGAGCACAUAUCUGCUCACUUCUCUACGUUCUCCUAACCUGAAACUCACUGCGGCCAUGCGUACCAUCGGCUUGCUAAGACGCGUUGCUCCGGAACUCGAAUCUGGGACCAGCGGCUUCUCGUUCGGACGACCAUCUGAUGAAGUCGGCAAACUUCGAGGCAGCGGAGGGGAAGGAAGCCUGGGGGCCAUCUUCUUAGUGUGUCGGACGAUGUGUCUCAUCGACAUGCUCGAAGCUCUCGCGCCAUUACGCGACCUAGCCGACCAGGAGACGUCCGCUCGCAAAUCCCAGGAGCCAAGAAAGGGUCCGGAGCGGCAGGAACGGUGGUCGGAAGGGCAGCAAACGGAGCGGUACCUAAAACGAUACCUGGAGAUCUUCCGGGAACAGAGUUUUGCCAUCAUCUCGAUGUACCGGAACAUUUUCCCGGGCGAACUCCCCGUCCCGCAAGCCGAGCGAGCGAGCAGCGGAGCCGAGGUGGGCCGUCCGGGCCAGACGAUAGCGUCAUCCGAAGGGAGCGAACUCCCGUCAGCGCUUUCGACAUUUCCGAUGCAUCUGGUGUCGAUGCUCAUGGAGACCUUGGAAGAGUAUCUACCCAACGUACAAGACCGCGCGUCCCGCGAGAGCCUUCUAACCCAGGUGCUGUACUGUGCGGGCAGCCUGGGUCGGCUUGGCGCUGAUUUCGGCAUGUUACUGGCCUUGGUGGAGGAAGACUCGAGAGAGGACGAGGAAGACGCGGACGAGGAGAGCGAAUGGGAAUGGGUUGAGACAGUGAAGAAGCAUAGAAUCCAGGCGAGCAGGCUGGAGCUCCUGGCAAGCGGAGUCGGCACGACAAGGCAGGUGGGACGAGCUUGAACUUUACUCUCACAAUUCUUCGAUUCACAAUCUCGAUGCUUACCCCGACAUCAUGGCACUGCCCGAUCGGAAAUGCGAAACGGGAUCAUGGGAAAAACGGCCUCCAUUCAUAGUCUUUUACCCGCUGGAGUGAACUGUAGCGUUUCGACCGACCUUGUCGGGCCCAAGGUCGUACCAAGCACGGGUACCGACGAAUCAGAGAUUUGCUUAGCGGUAUGCAGUGGAUAUGCAUUGUGUAGCACUAUUGACAAGUCGCUU